GAGAGAGAGAGAAAGAGGCGGAGCACAGGCUGCAGAGACAGCCUCCUCCUCCUCCUCUCUUCCCUUCCUUCCUUCUUCCUUCUUCUCCUCUUCCCUCCCUCCCUUACUUUCCCUCCAUCAGCCCAGAAGGAAGAGCCCAGGUCCUUUUCCAGGAAAUAACAAUAACAAUAAUGAUGAGCGUCUCACGGCGGACGAAAUGGAUGAGAAGCGGAGGCAGAAUGUCGCCUACCAAUACCUCUGUCAUCUUGAGGAAGCCAAACGCUGGAUGGAGACCUGCCUGAAGGAGAGCCUGGCGCCGCCAACAGAGCUGGAGGAGAGCCUGCGCAAUGGUGUCGUCCUGGCCAAGCUGGGGCACUUCUUUGCGCCGGAUGUGUGUCCGCUGGGGAAGAUCUACGACCGCGAUGAGUCCCGUUUCAAGGCCUGUGGGCUCCACUUCCGACACACGGACAACAUCAACCACUGGAGGGAUGCCAUGAGCCGCGUUGGAUUGCCGACGAUCUUUCAUCCCGAGACAACAGACAUCUAUGACAAGAAGAACAUGCCCCGUGUUGUGUAUUGCAUCCAUGCGCUCAGCUUAUACCUGUUCAGACUUGGGCUGGCCCCUCCGAUCCAAGAUUUGUAUGGGAAAGUCAACUUCACAGAUGAGGAAAUAAACCACAUGAGAUGCGAGCUGGAGAAAUAUGGACUGCAGCUCCCAUCGUUCAGCAAGAUUGGGGGGAUCCUGGCGAACGAACUCUCAGUCGACGAAGCGGCAGUCCAUGCGGCCGUCCUUGCCAUCAACAAAGCAGUGGAGGCCAGGGUCGUGGCCCAAACCAUGGCCGCCCUGCGCAACCCCAACGCCAUGCUGGGCAACCUGCGGGAGAACCUGCCUGCCGUCUACCAGGAGGUCCUCUUCCGGGCCAAGGAGCAGAAAGCCCAGAACGCCAAGAACCGGUGUCUGCAAGAAGCGGCUGACGGAGGAGAAGAUAUUUACGACCGAUGCCUGACCCAGGCUGAGAUCCAAGCCAGCAUCAACCAUGUGAACGCGAAAAGUGCUCUGGAAAUGGUGGACGAUGCCCUCGAAGAGCAGGAUCCGCAGGGCUUGUAUGGCGCUUUGCAGGAUCCAGCCCUGGCCUUGAGGAACCUGCGCAGAGAGAAUGCGGAUUGGUAUUUGGAUCAACUGAGCUCAGACCGGGAGCAGAAAGCACUGGAGCUGGGCUACGUUGAUUUGCUUGAGCAAGAGGAGAUCCAAGCUGGUCUCUAUGCGGCCAAUGAAAGGGGCGAUUGGGAACGGGACGCGGCGGAGGCCGUGAGGCGCAUCAAUGCUGCCCUGCGGAGAGGUUUGGCAGAAGAGACGUUGCAGACCCUGGCCGCCCCCGAGGCGCAGCUGCCGGACGUCUUCCCUUUUGCCGCUGGACUCUACCAACAGGAGCUGUCCUCCCUCCAGAGGCAGCAGCCGCAGGGAGAGCUCACCCAAGAGGACCUCUUUGUGGCCGUGGAGAUGUUGUCCGCAGUGGCCCUGGUCAACCAAGCCCUGGAGGACGGAGACGCCUGCAGCUUCUGGAGGAGCCUGACCAGCCCUGCUUUGGGCCUCUCUGGCCUGGAGGAGAGCAAUGCCCAGUGUUACUUUGAUGAAUUGUCGAAAGAGAAGCUACAGACUGAAGGUGGGAAGAGAGGCUUCCUGAGCUGGAACGAGAUCCAGGCCUCCGUCAGCAGCACCAACCUCUUGGUCCAAGAAGAAAAUGAGAAAGUGGUUGCUGUCCGACUGAUCAACGAGGCGCUGGGGCAAAGCAAUCCGGAGAAAACCCUCACGGCGCUCUUGCUGCCUUCUGCCGGCCUCCGCGACGUGACCCUCUCCGUGGCCAAGCGCUACCACGAAGUCUUGACCCGGAUGUUGAGGCAAAAAGCCCAGGCGACCAAGGACCCCGGAGCCAUGCUGUGGUGGGAGGAGAUCUUGGAAGGGGUCUCCACGGCCAACCAGGACACCAAAGCUGCAAGGAAAAUGGCGCUGGGCAUGGCUGCCAUCAACCAAGCCAUCAAGGAAGGGAACGCGGCGCAAACAGUCAGGGUCCUGUGCAACCCAGAUGUGCAUCUCUGUGGCAUCCUGGCGGAGUGCGCAGGGGCUUACCAGGCCCAGCUGGGAACCCUCAUGGCUGCUAUGAAAAACCCAGGGAACCCAAAAGCAUCCUGGGUGCAGCACAAGCUGAAGGAUGGAACGGUGUAUUAUUUCAGCCUGCAGACCUUUGAAGGGUCCUGGGAGCAGCCACAGCCAUGCGCCUUCAAUGCGGCCCACCUCAGCCGGGAGGAGAUCCAGGCCACCAUUUCCAAAGUAACUGCUGCCCACGAUCGAAGGCGCCUCUGGGCAUCGAAUGCCCAUUUGGUCACCCAGCUCCAAGCCCGGAUGAGGGGCUUCCUUGUCCGGCAGGCCUUUGCCGCACGGAGACAUGUGUGGUCAACACAGGUUCCGGCUGCCAUUAAAAUCCAGGCCUGUUGGCGUGGACACCGGCAACGGAGACGUUACCUGCGAAGGCUGAGGUAUUUGAAGAGGAACACGGAUGCCGUGAUCAAGAUCCAAGCCUGGGUGCGGAUGUGUCUCGCUCGCAAGCGCUACCUCCAGCGACUGCGUUACUUCCGGAGAAACGUUUGGGCCAUAAUAAAAAUCCAGGCCUUUGUGAGAGCUAACAAGGCGCGGGGCGACUACCGGACGCUGGUGCAUAGCAGGAACCCUCCUUUGACCGUCGUCCGGCGUUUUGCCCACCUGCUGGAACGGAGCCAGCGCGACUACUGGGAGGAACGGGAGCUACUGGAUCUCCAGGAGAGCAUGGUGAGAGGGAUCCGCUCCAACCGGCAGCUGGAGAGCGACCUCGACCUCAUGGACAUCAAAAUCGGACUGCUGGUCAAGAACCGGAUCACGCUCCAGGAGGUGGUCUCUCACUGCAAGAAGCUGACCAAGAAGAACAAGGAGCAUCUCUCGGAGCUGAUGGGUCAGAGCAAGGAGAAGGGGCUCAAGGCCCUCAGCAAGGAGAAGCGGCAGGCACUGGAGUCCUACCAGCAUCUCUUCUACCAGCUCCAGACCCACCCCAUCUACUUGGCCCGGCUGAUCCUACAGAUGCCCCAAAACAAAUCCACCCGGUUCAUGGAGUCGGUGGUCUUUGCCCUCUACAAUUAUGCCUCCAACUCCCGGGAGGCCUACCUCCUCCUCCAGCUCUUCCGGAAGGCCCUCCAAGAGGAGAUCCAGUCCAGAGUGUCUCAGCCGCGUGACGUCCUGACGGGGAACCCCACGGUCAUCCGGCUGGUGGUCAGCUUCUACCGCAACGGCCGUGGACAGAACGCCUUGCGCCAGAUCCUGGGGGGUCCCGUCCGGGAGGUGCUCCAGAACAAGACGCUGAGCAUCCGCACCGACCCUGCGGAGAUCUACCGGGGAUGGAUCAACCAAAAGGAGUCACAGAGUGGGCAGAAGAGCCAUCUUCCAUACGAAGUGACCCCCGAACAAGCCCUCGGCCACCCUGAGGUCCAGCGAAGACUGGACAUCUCCAUCCGCAAUCUCCUCUCAGUGACGGACAAGUUCGUCUUGGCCAUUACGUCCUCCAUGGACCAAAUCCCUUAUGGGAUGCGAUACAUCGCCAAAGUCUUGAAGACAUCUUUAACUGAGAGAUUUCCGCAGGCGGCUGAGGAUGACAUCUACAAGAUUGUGGGCAACCUCCUCUACUACCGUUUCAUGAACCCGGCAGUGGUGGCCCCUGACGGCUUCGACAUCGUCGACCUCUCGGCCGGAGUCGCCUUGCACCCGGACCACCGGCGCAACCUGGGCUCCGUGGCCAAGAUCCUGCAGCAUGCGGCUGCCAACCAGCUCUUCGACGGGGAGAAUGGUCACUUGCGGGUGGUCAACCGGUACCUGGAGGAAACCCACUGGAGGUUCAAACGGUUCCUCAGCGAAGCCUGUUCCGUUCCUGAACCGGAGGAGAGAUUCCACGUGGACCAAUACUCCGAGAUGGUGGCCAUCGCCAAACCGGUGAUCUACAUCACGGUGGAAGAGCUGGUGAACACGCACAAGCUGCUCCUGGAGCACCGGCGCAUUGUGGCUCCUGAUGCGCAAGACCCUCUGCAUGAACUUCUGGAGGACCUUGGGGAGCUGCCCACCAUCCACUCCUUAAUCGGCGAAACUGGGAGCCACGGAUCUGGUGGGAGUUCGGAGCAAAGCCCGGCUCAGCUUGCCAAAAUGGAAAUCUCUCUCACGCUGGGCAGCAAAUUUGACGUAGCGGAAGCAGGCACCGAGGGUGGGAAUGACGCCAAAAGCCUGUUGCUGAGUACAAAGCAGUUGCUGGUGGAUGUGAUCCAGUCCCAGCCAGGAGAUUCCCUUGUGGAAAUCCUCCAGAGGAAAGCAACAGCAGAUCAGGAGGCUUUCCACCAGCAACUCAUGAGGAGAAGGGCCCUUUUCAGCGCCCAAGAGCCAGAGAAGCUGAGGCGUCCCCAGGGUCCCGCUGGGAAUGUCCACCUUUCCCUCGAGGAGAAGAAGAGGAUCGUCCUCAAGGACCUUCGGCGUCUGGAGGGUCUGGGGCUGGUAGACUCUGCCAACUGCUACCAGGGCAUCGUCAACGAAAUGGCCAAGGACAUCUGCAACCAGAGGCAACACCGUCAGCGUCGGAAGACGGAGCUGGUGAAACUGCAGCAGACUUUGCACGGCCUGAACGCCAAGAGGAUGUUCCAUGAGGAGCAGGUGGACUACUACCACCAGUACAUCCGGACCUGUCUGGGCAACCUGGCCGCCAAGAACAGGUCCAGCAAGAAACAGGCAUCGCUGCACUACACAGGGACUCGGCUCCUUGAGAAGGGGGUUUUGCUGGAGAUCGAGGGCCUCCCAAACAGCCAACUCAGAAACGUCAUUUUUGAGAUCGUUCCUUCUGGCGAAGUCGGCAAAUUCCAGGUGAAAGCGAAGUUUAUGGGAGUCGAUAUGGAGAAGUUUGAGCUCCAUUACCAGGACCUGCUCCAGACUCAGUACGAAGGCGUUGCCGUCAUGAAGAUGUUCGACAGGGCCAAGAUCAACGUCAACCUCCUCAUCUUCCUCCUCAAUAAGAAGUUUUUCAAGAAGUAGAGGGACUGGCAUGUGUUUGAGAGAGACUGAAGGGAAGGGCUUUGCCAGUCAAUGGACACAGAGCGUUGAGGCCAAAGAGGGAGCAGCCGCACUUGACACUCCAGAGAAACCCACAACAUGGCUCUGGUUUAUGCCUCAGGUACCAUAUUGAAUGAUGACAGAGCAGGAUGCGCUCGCGCGCGUGUGUGUGUGUGUUAAAAUUGUUUUGUCCUUGCAUGCAAAACACUACCCUGUCAGAGGCUGAGCUGCAUAGACUAGAUUUCUGUACAGAGAAGCAGUUCUCCAUCUGCAGCCAUCUUGGGGGGCAAGAGGGCCUGGUUUCCCCCUUACGCUCCGGUUCCAACAGCCCCCAGACCAGCUGCUGGAGGAAAAAUAACUUUUAAGGUAUACAACAGUUUGCAUCCUUUGCCAGAUUGCAGCAUUAUGUUCACCCCAGUCCUAGCCGCCAGUUUCUGAGAAGCCCAGCCAUGCAGGCCUUUCCCAGGAAACCUUGCUACACAAAGUGGGGCAUGGAGAGUUACGCAAAGGGUCCAAUGUCAGGAUUUGGGUUCCCCUGAUCUCCCAGAUUUCUCUUAGUAUACUCUGGAGCCUUUUCCAAGUGCUUUGGACCUUCAGGGAAUGGAGGAGAUUGCAAAGCUCCCCAAUAAUGCUGGAUUUCCCUUUUGCAGAGCUUGCUAAAAGGUUUUUAAUGCAUGGAGAAUAUUCCUUUCCCCUUUCGUUUGGUUUUCAUUUGGUAUUCAUCACUCUCUGUGUGUGUUGCUUUUAAAAAUAGAAGCCGUUCAUUUUAAGGAGAGCUGAAUAUAUUCCUAUCACCUUCCCCCGUUUCCCAAAUUCUAGCUGGACCCCGUUUCCUAAAUGUCGGCAAUAAGAGGCAGAGACCCCAAUAAGCAACCCUCUCUUGUUCUUUCGCUGGUGAAAUGCGUUCGUUUGGGUGAGGAGAGAGGGCUGUAAAAUGCUGAAAAUUCAGGAUGCUUUCUUGGUCUCUGGGGAUAUUUGGGGAGAUAUUUGGGGCUGGUGAUGCUCCGGUGGGAGAUGCCACAAAGGAUGCUUGGCUCUUAUUAUUAUUACUGCUCUCUUAAAACCUCGCUUCCAUAACUAGAAUCGCUUGGCUAGCAAAAGUCUUGCUUUGCCUGGUGAGAGAAGGGCUUCCAGGUUUUCUUUUUCAUUGUAUUCAAGGUAUUUAAGAAAUAAAAGUGUCAUUUUAUUCA